AUGAGGAGGCUCCUGUUCACCGUCCCGCUGGUCCUGCUGCUCUGGGAAACAGGCACAGCUGCGACACCCCAGGCCCUCAAGACCGGGAGCCCCAAGCAGGACACAGUGAAGGCCCCGGCACCGCUCGGGGAGGACCAUCCGCUCUGGGGCCUGAUGCACUUGGGGCUGCUCCCGGCCAUGAAGCUCCUCGCUGAGGCCCAGCAGCAAGGUACUGUGACCACCAUGGACUCGGAGGACCCCCUCGCCAAGCUGCGGACCCCCCUGCAGGGCCCUGAACCGGACCGGGACCCCCUGCACCACUCCCUGCCCGAGGGCUCCUGGGAGGUGUCAGAACCAGAGCCACAGGCACCACUGAGACGCCUGGUGCUCGCAGGACCGGAGGAAGACCGAGACCACCUCCACCACGGGAGUGGGGGCUCCCAAGGGCAAUGA